AUUUGUACUAUUUCGCACAUCUUCUUCAAUAUAAACUAGUUUCCACUUACAUUUUCUUUCAUAGUUCUCUUCUCAAAUCAAAUAUAAAAAAUGGGAGCCAUCUCAAAGAUAACCGACGCAAUUCUCUUCAUCUUCUUCCUCAUAGUUGCAGUGAUAGCACCAUUACUCGAUGGCCAAGUUAUUCUACCAACUAACCUCUACCCCGAGUUCUUAAUCGAUCUCAAGAAAUGGUACAUCGAUGAAGUCGACGACUAUCUUGUUGCAGAGAAGCCUCAUUUCUUUGUGGGUAUCAUUUGGAUCGAGCUUUUAUUUCAAUGGCCGCUCGCUCUUCUUAGUUUAUACGGAAUUUUAACUUCCAAGCCUUGGAUUCGCACCACUUGCUUGAUCUUCGGCGCUUCUUUUUUCACUUCCAUGGGUGCUCUACUGGCGGAGUUGAAGGGUGCAGGAAAGGCAUCAGAUAAAAUGUUGAUGAUUUAUUCUCCAUGUAUGGGAUUUGGGAUAUUAGCUAUUCUGCGGGGGCUCAUACCACUAUCUUCGAAGAUUGAUUCGGCUGCUAGGAAAAAAACAGUUUAGAGAAAAAAACAGUUUAGAAAAAAACAGUUUAAAAAAAUUAUUGUUAUUUUUAUUUUGGUGAGAGUAUUUUUUUUAUUUUAAUUAUUAAUUUUCUUUUACUUUGGUUGCUAGCCGAAAUGCUGAGUAGGUAGUCAGAUUUUUUUAUCUUAAAAUUUUCUACGUAUGUACAAUUUGGUCUAAACAUUCUCUUUUAAAAUAAUAUUAUGUAAAUGUGAUAAAUUUUCAUAUUAAAAA